UUUCAGACUUGAACUUGUCGUUCUUGAUUACAUGGCUAAGAAAGGUUUCCAUCAGACGGGUAAGGUAAUUGCCAGAGAAAUAAUUGCUAAUCCAAAUCCUGUUGCUAUUAAUGCUCCGGAAGGAUUUCUGUUUGAGUGGUGGAAUAUAUUUAAUGAAAUACUCAGCUCUAGCUUCCCCUGAGGUUGCUCUACUCGCUGCCGAAUCCUUCAAUAAGGUUGAGCAGACAGUGGAUGCUAUUGUGCCUAAAAUCAAUCCUGAAAAUUCGACUUAUGUUCCUAAUCAUAUUGUGCCGAAACGUAAACCACUUGUGCGCUAUGACAAAUUAAUCAAACAUGACGUGGUUAGCACAUAUGAACCUCCCAAUGGGGUGUACAUGGUCACUCAAAGAGGAGUUAGUUACCUGUCAGAAUGUGAGAGCCCUUCCAACUUUGGGAACAACAGGUCUCUCCAACAAGCAUCUCAUCAAGGAUGGCCAUCUGUUGAUAAUGUAGCAGUUCAAACAUUGGAUAUGCUCAAACUUCCUGCCCCUGCAAGUUCUGGUGAUUUCUUUAGUAUGCUCACUCAAGCUGACUCGAGUGGAAAAGAUGCAGGAAUGCUUGGUGAAACAAAUCAAAGAACCUCGGAGAAUUUACCAGCUGACCAGCAAAUAAUGGCUCCUAUAGGAGGAAUUAUGAAAAUUUCUGGCAAGCAACCUGCAGUGCCGAGUGGCAGAAAGAGGAAAACUCUAUUGAGUUCUGUGGCAUCUGUAAGAUCAUUUUUCUGCAUCUACCUCUUGAAGCCGUUCAUGUGAUGGUGGUUGACACAUCGUUUUUGGAGAUUGGACUUCCCUUUCUUAGUUUGUUCUUGUCUAAGCUACUGUUGCUGGUAUUGCAAAGGACAAUACUAAAAGCUACUUCCCCCAAGGAGAUGGUGGUCUGGUUAGUGCAAGUAAUUCGAUCUAUGCUUUGAGGAAAAGAGCUGAUUUCAACCUUAUUACUUGCACUGAACAGUUCUGUCAAAAGUAGAUGUUGCAAACACCAUUAAUUUACCUCAUCGGAACCAAUCACUAACACUUGAGAGUGCCUUGGCGGAAAGUGCACGACUGGAACUUAUUGCCACCAGAGAACAGUUCAAAUAUACACUUUCCUUCACUAACAGACCAUAUUCGUGCACUAUCUUCGCACACGGAUGCCAGUUAAUUCCCACUCAUAUCCCAGCAGAUUGAACGAACGUCUUUGACGUGUCCCUAUAAAUCAAAGAAA